AUUAUAGCACUUCCGCUUAGGAAGCGUUGCCACGGAGACGCCAGCGCGUCGGCAACACUAGAGACUGAGGUGAAAAUGCCUCCUCACCAGAUCUCAACAACAACGACUGAAAGAAGCAAAUAAGAUAAUAAAGGAGACAUGAUGCAUGUGACCAGGCCCAAGUCUUCUAAGGGGCGCAGCAGACCCAUGAUGGCUCACACUUCGAGUGUGGAAACACCUUCUCAGCCCUCGUCUCUUUCACCCCAACCUCCAGCUGCCAAGGUUAAUGAGAGGUUAAACCAGUCCCUUCGAUCCCGAGCCAUUCUGAGACGCAGCAGUCAACCAAGUACAGAUAUACUGACUGAAAUCUUUGACAGACCCCCGGAUGAGCCCGUCUCACUCAACAAAUACAGGGUUCUGCCAUCCAUAGAGAAAAAAACUUCCAGUUCUAAUUUCAGUCAAGGUGACAGCAGCCAUAGGAUAUGUCAACACUCUUCACGUGUCUACACAAAGGCCCGAACGGAUGUGAUGUCAGAGGGGACAGGAAGUGAGACAGGUCCAACUCCUCCAGAGGAAUCAGGCCUGCUGCUUGCUAUCAGAACUCCAUGCGGUCAGAGAUUCAAGUGCCAUUUCCGGCCAACAGACCAGCUCCAGGUGGUGCUAUCAGCCACGGAGGCUGAAUUCGGGGAGAGGUUUGACAAUUGUGUGAUUGAGACUAUGGAUGUACCACGCAGGACUUUUACAAACCUUACAAUGACCUUGGCUCAGUGUGGUGUCCUAAACAAAUCAGUUUUAUGCAUUUCCCAAGAUGACAGCAACAUGGAUUUAACUUGAACAUUAAUGUAGUGCAACGCUUUAUGGACGCUUAUAAUACAAAGACACAAUAUUUUGA